CGGAAACAAGUGAAAACGGAGACCUUCCCUGUUUGGCCUUGUUCGGUGGCAGAGAUUAUCACGGCGGAUGAUCGGCGUGACCCAGGGGACUCCGAUGCGAGUCAGAUUGACUGCACUCGUUAACAACAGCAACAACACCUCUUCGUUGCUACUCCUCUCAGCUCGAUCUGCUUAUCGCCAGUCUUUGUUUCGACAGCAGAUUCUUAAGCGGUGUAGGCACGGGUACGCAGCUGAUAUAACCGGAGACACUAGGUUGAAGAACGCGAACGAGAAGAUGUCGGUGGUGAACAGGACGGCGCAUCCGUUUGACAAGACGAGGUUCGAUGCGGUGUUGAACAGGAGGUUCUUCUAUGCGCCUGCUUUUGAGAUAUACGGAGGCGUAGCCGGCCUAUACGACUACGGUCCCCCGGGCUCCGCCCUACAAGCCAACAUCAUCGCCGAAUGGCGCAAACACUUCGUCAUCGAGGACCACAUGCUCGAGCUCGACAGCACGAAUCUGACACCCGCGACCGUGUUCGAGACGUCGGGGCACGUCGCGCGCUUCGCGGACUGGAUGGUCAAGGACAGCAAGACGGGGGACGUGCUGCGCGCGGACCAUCUCGUGAAAGGUGUGUUGGAAGCAAGGCUCGCGGGUGAUCUGGAGGCGCGGGGGAAGGCGGCGGAGCCGAGGGAGGAGACGAAGGAGGAUAAGAAGAGGAAGAAGAAGCAGGUGAAGGCGACGGCGGUGCAGCUUGCGGACGAGGUUGUGAAGGAGUACGAGACGAUUCUUGCUCAGUUGGACAACUAUGGUGGGCCCGAGCUCGGUGAGCUUUGCAGGAAGCACGACCUGCGCAACCCGGACACGGACAACGAGGUUGGGGAGCCGCAGCAGUUCAACUUGAUGUUUGCGAGUAGUAUUGGGCCUACUGGGCAGCAUCCUGGCUACCUCCGGCCCGAAACCGCCCAAGGCCAUUUCCUCAACUUCUCGCGCCUGCUCGACUUUAACAACGGCCGUGUCCCUUUCGCCUCCGCCCAGGUUGGUCGCUCCUUCCGUAAUGAGAUCUCUCCCCGCGCCGGGCUGCUGCGCGUGCGCGAGUUCACGAUGGGCGAGAUCGAGCACUUUGUCGACCCGCUCGACAAGUCGCACGAGCGGUUCCACGAGGUCCGCGACACCGUGCUCGCGCUCCUGCCGCGCGACGUGCAGCUCUCUGGCUCGUCGCAGGUCGUGCCCAUGACCAUCGGCGAAGCCGUCGACAAGGGCAUCGUCGCGAACGCGACGCUCGGGUACUUCAUCGCGCGCAUCCACUCGUUCCUGCUCAAGAUCGGCGUGAACGAGACGCGGCUGCGGUUCCGGCAGCACAUGGACAACGAGAUGGCGCACUAUGCGACGGACUGCUGGGACGCGGAGAUCCACAACUCGACGGGGUGGACGGAGUGUGUUGGGUGUGCGGACCGCGCGGCGUACGAUCUGACUGUGCACGCGAACAAGACGGGGCAGCCGCUUGUGGUUAGGGUCGCGCUCAAGGAGCCUGUGGUGACUGAGCGGGAGACGGCGGAGUUCAACAAGAAGGUGUUGGGCAAGACGUUUGGCAAGGACGCGGGCCUCAUUCAGAAGGUCGUGGGCGAGAUGGACGAUGUGAAGCUUUUGAAGCUCAAGGGCGAGCUCGCGCAGGGCUCGACGACGAUCGUGGCGGAGGGCAAAGAGCUCACACUCACGGCCGAGAUGGUCACCAUCGAGCGCAAGACGUUCAAGCAGUCCAUCCGCGAAUUCACUCCCAACGUGAUUGAACCCUCGUUCGGGUUCGGCCGCAUCCUCUAUACCCUCCUCGAGCACUCCUUCUGGUCCCGUGAGCAGGACGUCGAGCGCGGUGUGCUCUCGCUCCCGCCCGUCGUCGCGCCCACUAAGGUGCUCAUUGUGCCCCUGAGCGCAAGGGAAGAGUUCGAUCCCCUUGUGCGGGAAGUUUCGAGCAAGCUGCGCAAGGCGGGCAUCUUCUCGCGUGUGGACGACUCGAACACGUCGAUCGGCAAGCGCUAUGCGCGCAAUGACGAGCUGGGCACGCCGUUUGGGAUUACGCUGGACUUUGCUUCGGUGCAAAACCGGACAAUGACGCUUCGGGAACGCGAUACGACCGACCAACUGAUUGGUUCCAUUGAUGAUGUCAUCGCCGUCGUCACCGAGCUCGUGGACGGGACCAUCGAGUGGAAGGAGGCGUGCGAACGGCUGCCCAAGUACGAUGGCGUGCAGGCUGUCGAGUAACUGCUCCUCUGAGCCCUUGGGAGCAGCCAUGCGUAGAUGGCUGGGGGCGGAUCAAAAUACACGUGGCGUAGCGUAAGCCACCUCUGGCUUCGCGCGGUACGGGCGUU